UUAUAAUAAAUAGCAGAUCAUUAAUUAUAACAUGAACCCUGAUAAAAUGUGAAAAAUCUGUAUUUUAUAAUCAGUGAAAUAAUAUACACUUUUUGUGACUGUUUGGUGAAUGUCUACUGCUCCCCUAAAUAUUAGGCCAUGGUACAAGCUUUUGUUCAUCAUUGCACCCACAGCCAGCGCAAAUAAUUUCCUAAUAAAUCCAAUGAAUGAAUGAACAGGUGAAUGCAUAAUCCAAUGAAUGAUUGAACAAGUGAAUGCAUAAUUAAACAAGGGAGUUUGUCUUACACUGCAAAUGCCUAAAUGAUAAAUAAGAAAAUGCCUUUUAAAAAAGUAUUUGCUGCUAAAUAAGUACUGUAAAGUAACAAUAAUAUUGUCUGACAUUUAUUUUUAAGUGAUGCAUCUAUUUCUUUGGAAACAGGUCCUGAAAGUGAUUACAAUCUGAUAAGUAAGAACCACACACCUCUGUGUGAAACAGGUGAAGGUUGCCUUGUAAAGCCCAAGUGAGUAAUCUAAGGUGUUUAAUAUCACAAUUAAAUAGGGUGGGGAGAGCAAGCUGUUAUUUCCUCCUACUCUUCUGUUUUCAAAACAGCCAAAUUCAAACGGCCUGCCUUUUACCUAUGAGAAAAGCAGUUCUAUACCCUUAUAGAAUCCUGUAACAGAGAUACCAUUCUGUUCUACCCCAGGUAUUUCUGCUAUAGAAAAGCAUUUAACAGAAAGAAGCAAUUAUCUUCAUCCAGACACAUGCAGGACUUAUUACAGUGUGAUUAUUGAACCAAACACUUAUACAGAGAGAUGCAUUUCAAAUAAGAAUUCUAUUAGCCAAGGGCAGUUACUCUUUUGCCUCCUGUUGUUAUUCAAGUAUUUUCUCCUCUGUCCUUCCGCCAGCCUUACCCCACUCCUUAAUCCUCUGAACCAAUAAACCAUUGCCAAGUUCUGGUGCAAAGUGGUUUACAGGCCUGACUGGACCAGACUAAAAGUGUUCAAAAUAGCAAGCAACAAGGAGCAGAAAUCCAUAUUACAAUGGGAUAUGGACUAUAUUUAUAUUUGUACAGAAUGCCUUCUAAUUAAUUCAAUAAAGAGUUGUGAGUUAUGUAGGUGAGUUGCCAUGGAGCUACGAAUAUGAGUUGAUAUUCUGAAAUCUUAAUCAGCCAUCUCCAAGGUUAAGAAAAAUCCUUAUGUGCUCACUUGCAAAGAUAAUCCAUAGCAUGCUCUUAAUUGAGAAAAACAAAGCCAUAGAUCAAAUAUGUAAAGUAAUUUUUAGUUUUUUACAAAGGUAUGUUUGGGCUGUAGAUAAAUCUGUUCAAAAUACAAGAGAGAAGAUAAUAAUGGUUGAAAGGAGACACAGUGCUUGCCCUCAAGAAGUUUUUGUCUAGUGAGGGAGAUAGGACUUGUAUGUAAAUAAAAUUGUGUUACUAAGGUAGAUAGUGAGAGGUAACUUAAGAGAGGAUCAGAUAAGGUAUGAAGAGAAUCCAGAAAAGGGACUGGAUUAAUUCUGAACUACAGCAUCAAAGAAUGUUCAUGCAAGAGACAGUGUUUUCACCAUAUCUUGAAGGUAUGGGUGAGGGUAUACAGAGUGAGUAUAUUCAGAAUCUACUUUAAAACAAAUACUUUCCUCUAUUUUAGUGGAGUUGAGCUAUACAUCCAACAAUAAUGAAAAAAUACACACAUAUAUACAUAUAUGGAGAGAGAUACAUAUUUUAGUACAUGUAGCAAUUUAUUAAUAAAUGUACAGUUUAAGUCGCAUGCAAAACCUUAGAGUGAUAGCAAACUUCAUUUUAAGAUGUUUAGCAGCGUCCCUGGCCUCUACUCACUAAAUCCCAGUAGCAUCCCCCUAGGUGUGACAACCAAAAAAUGUCUCCAGGCAUUGACCUCUGGGGGCAAAAAAGCCCUUUAUUAAGAACCACUGGUAUACAUAAGUGAAACAUACACAAGAGAUUCCUCCCCUCUUCUCUGUAUGUGAAUAAAAAUUGCAAAGUUCAUGACCUGGAUUUUCUUUUUAGGUUUUUUCUUCAGUGGUUCUUAACUUCAUUAGAUCAAGUAACCCUUUGAAGAUCUGUUGAAAGCUGUUGACUCAUUCACUUCUCAGGAAAAUACACAUACUGACUACCAUUUCAGAGAAUUUGCAUCAGGGUUCUCUGGAGACGAGUUCUGAGUUCUGUUUCCAGGAGCUGGUAGAAUUGUCAUGGUCUGUAUAUUCAAGGUAGGUGGGUAACCGAAGAGGUUCUGUAUUUACUUCAGAACACUGAUAAUCAGGCGAGAAUGUUCUGGUUUAUCGAACCCUUCCUUCUGCCCUUCAUCUUAACCAUGCAUUAGUUUUAGCAAAGUUUAUCCCAACAGAAGACAAAGCACUGGUGAGGUAGGAUAGCUCUGGCUCUUCCUCCCUCUCUUCUAGUCUUGAUUUCCAUGCAGUCCAGUUUAUUCCUUCCCUGAUUGUCCAGCAGAAUGAGAAAAAAGAAAAAAACAGAGUCUAGCGGGUAAGAAAGGUCCACCUGGACGCUUGAUUUGGAUUGUGAAAUAAAACACACACACAGGCACGCGUAGAAUAGGUAGCUAAAAUCUGAGUAGAUCGUAAACUCUCUAUAUCCUCCACUGAAUACUCCUAAGAGACUUUCUAGAAAUCCAAGGGCUUAUAAACAUAGAAAUCUGGCCACUGCUCCUCUUCCCCAUGUGGUAUGAGAGCACCUGUGGCAGGCUGUGGAGUUCGCUGAAUAACAUAACCUAGGAGUGAAGGUCAGCACUCCCAGAGACCGAGGACCUCUUCCUCUAGGCGGGCUCUGCUCUCCUGUAAGGAGUCCCACAAGGCCCGGCCCGCCCCUGACCUCGCAGCCCGCAAGAUUAGUAAAUGGGGAAGAGUGAGGAUCCGGGUGGCCCCUGCGUGGCAGCCAGAAAGAGUCUCAACCUUCCCGGUUCGGGAAAGGGAAGCAAUGCAGAAGGGAUAGGAUUUCUUUCCUGAUGGGAUCGGUUGGGAAAGACCGCAGCCUGUGUGUGUCUUUCCCUUCGACCAAGGUGUCUCUGUUGCUCCAUAAAUAAAACGUCCCACUGCCUUCUGAGAGCGCUAUAAAGGCAGCGGAAGGGGCGUCCCCGGGGCAUUCCGGGCGGGGCGCAAGCAGAGACAGGUGAGUUCUCCCUGAAGAUGCCCACACCGCCCGGCCCGGACUCCCCUCCCCGGGAGGCCUCGAGGGUUGCGGAUGGGACUCGUGAGGGGGCACGGAGCAGGCGGACAGGGGGCAGUACAGCCUUCUUUCUGAGACUCUGAGAGCGAACAGGCAGCUCGGAAAACAGGACUGGGGGAGAGAGUUGCUCAAUAAACUGAAAGUUCUGCCUCCGGGAGGGCUGCGACAGCUGUGCCUGCAGCGCCCGCCUCCUGGGGACCUGCGGAGCGCGCCCUGAGGGUUCCACGCCUGGCCCGGGGGCCUGCACCUCUCCUCCAGUGCGCGCCUGGAGCUGCGUCUGGGGUCAGGUGCGGGGAGGGAGGAACUCUCAGGGUCCCUUCCAGCCUUGCACGCGCCCUUGGUCCCUGCCCUAGCCCCUUGGUUUAAGGGAGAUUUCAGGACGCGGACAGCGCCCUAGCUGCCGGCGGGAGGGGACUGGAUGGAGCUUGGGAAGCCCCCAGAGCAGGGCUCACUCUCUUCAAGUUUGGGGAACCCCGCUCAGCGGGUGCAGGCCACGGGAUCCAAAGGUUCUCAGGUGCCCACUUGCAGGCUGGUCGUGCGCGCGGUGCGGCGCUUGUCGCGAGCGCCGAGGGCUGCAGGACGCGGACCAGACUCGCUGUGUUCGACUGAAGUUGGCGAGGGGCCAGGCGACAGCUAACAGGUGACCCCUUCUUUCUGUUCCUCGCUCUUCACCUCAGAUCGUCCUCCUGCACCGUAUCUCCUUCCUCCUCGCUGUCCUCUGGCUAGCAGGUCAUGGCAGCGCCGGGCAGCAGGUCGGAGCCGCCGCAGCUCCCCGAGUACAGCUGCAGUUAUGUGGUAUCACGGCCGGUCUACAGCGAGCUCGCUUUCCAGCAACAGCACGAGCGGCGCCUGCAGGAGCGUAAGACGCUGCGGGAGAGCCUGGUCAAGUGCUGCAGUUGUUCGAGAAAGAGAGCCUUUGGUCUGCUAAAGACUCUCAUGCCCAUCUUGGAGUGGCUGCCCAAAUACCGAGUCAAGGAAUGGCUGCUUAGUGACAUAGUUUCGGGAGUUAGUACAGGGUUAGUGGCCACGCUGCAAGGGAUGGCAUAUGCCCUACUAGCUGCAGUUCCUGUUGGAUAUGGUCUCUACUCUGCUUUUUUCCCUAUCCUGACAUACUUUAUCUUUGGAACAUCAAGACAUAUCUCAGUUGGACCUUUUCCAGUGGUGAGUUUAAUGGUGGGAUCUGUUGUUCUGAGCAUGGCCCCCGACGAACACUUUCUCGUAUCCAGCAGCAAUGGAACUGUAUUAAAUACUACCGUGAUAGACACUGCAACUAGAGAUACAGCUAGAGUCCUGAUUGCCAGUGCCCUGACUCUGCUGGUUGGAAUCAUACAGUUGAUAUUUGGAGGUUUGCAGAUUGGAUUCAUAGUGAGGUACUUGGCAGAUCCUUUGGUUGGUGGCUUCACAACAGCUGCUGCCUUCCAAGUGCUGGUCUCACAGCUAAAGAUUGUCCUCAAUGUUUCAACCAAAAACUAUAAUGGAGUUCUCUCUAUUAUCUAUACGCUGGUUGAAAUUUUUCAAAAUAUUGGUGAUACCAAUCUUGCUGAUUUCAUUGCUGGAUUACUCACCAUUGUUGUCUGUAUGGCAGUUAAGGAAUUAAACGAUCGGUUUAGACACAAAAUCCCAGUCCCUAUUCCUAUAGAAGUAAUUGUGACAAUAAUUGCUACUGCCAUUUCAUAUGGAGCCAACCUGGAAAAAAAUUACAAUGCUGGCAUUGUUAAAUCCAUCCCAAGGGGGUUUUUGCCUCCUGCACUUCCACCUGUGAGCCUGUUCUCGGAGAUGCUGGCUGCAUCAUUUUCCAUCGCUGUGGUGGCUUAUGCUAUUGCAGUGUCAGUAGGAAAAGUAUAUGCCACCAAGUAUGAUUAUGCCAUCGAUGGGAACCAGGAAUUCAUUGCCUUUGGGAUCAGCAACAUCUUCUCAGGAUUCUUCUCUUGUUUUGUGGCCACCACUGCUCUGUCCCGCACGGCCGUCCAGGAGAGCACUGGAGGAAAGACACAGGUUGCUGGCAUCAUCUCUGCUGGGAUUGUGAUGAUCGCUAUUCUUGCCCUGGGGAAGCUUCUGGAACCCUUGCAGAAGUCGGUCUUAGCAGCUGUUGUGAUUGCCAACCUGAAAGGGAUGUUUAUGCAGGUGUGUGACAUUCCUCGUCUGUGGAGGCAGAAUAAGAUUGAUGCUGUUAUCUGGGUGUUUACGUGUAUAGUGUCCAUCAUUCUGGGGCUGGAUCUCGGUUUACUAGCUGGCCUUGUAUUUGGACUAUUGACUGUGGUCCUGAGAGUUCAGUUUCCUUCUUGGAAUGGCCUUGGAAGCAUUCCUAGCACAGAUAUCUACAAAAGUACCAAGAAUUACAAAAACAUUGAAGAACCUCAAGGAGUGAAGAUUCUUAGAUUUUCCAGUCCUAUUUUCUAUGGCAAUGUUGAUGGUUUUAAAAAAUGUAUCAAGUCCACAGUUGGAUUUGAUGCCAUUAGAGUAUAUAAUAAGAGGCUGAAAGCACUGAGGAAAAUACAGAAACUCAUAAAAAAUGGACAAUUAAGAGCAACAAAGAAUGGCAUCAUAAGUGAUGCUGGUUCAACAAAUAAUGCUUUUGAGCCUGAUGAAGAUAUUGAAGAUCCGGAGGAACUUGAUACCCCAACCAAAGAAAUAGAGAUUCAAGUGGAUUGGAACUCUGAGCUUCCAGUCAAAGUGAACGUUCCCAAAGUGCCCAUCCAUAGCCUCGUGCUUGACUGUGGAGCUAUAUCUUUCCUGGACGUUGUUGGAGUGAGGUCACUGAGGGUGAUUGUCAAAGAAUUCCAAAGAAUUGAUGUGAAUGUGUAUUUUGCAUCACUUCAAGAUUAUGUGAUAGAAAAGCUGGAGCAAUGUGGGUUCUUUGACGACAACAUUAGAAAGGACACAUUCUUUUUGACAGUCCAUGAUGCUAUACUCUAUCUACAGAACCAGGUGAAAUGCCAAGAGGGUCAAGAUUCCAUUUUAGAAACGAUCACCCUCAUUCAAGACUGUAAAGAUACCCUUGAAUUAAUUGAAACAGAGCUGACUGAAGAAGAACUUGAUGUCCAGGAUGAGGCUAUGCGUACACUUGCAUCCUGAAAGUGGGCUCAGGAGGUCUCUAUGAGCAAGGAACACAAGACAAAACUUCCUCACUAACAUCCUCCUAUGCAAACAUUUUCUGCAUUGACUAUUUCUUCAGACUCGAAACACUCAUUAUUUUUUCUAUUAAGCCAUUGAAAGAGAACCACUAAGACUGUUUCUAGGAUUUAUUUAUAAAAUAAACACCUUACCCCUAACAUGUGCAAAAUGGUGAGAAUUAUUCAGACGAUUUGGCAGCGUCCAGGAUAAGCUGGUGUUAUAAUACGCUGCUGAUCCACGUCACAGAUUUGCUAAUAAUGUUCACAUGGGUACUGGCAUGUCUCUGUUCAGUCAGAGUGAGUGCUGACCCAACAGUCUCUGUGGUCAGGUGAGUCAUGAAUGAUUAAUCAUAAAGAAAAAUCAAUUUUUGACUAACCUGGAUAUCCAUGCGCUGCACUGAUCACCAUGUAAGGUCACAUUGAGUAAAUGCUGAAAUAAAAUUAUUAAUGCAUUUAUCAAUAAAAGCCUUUGAAAAUAACUUUGGAUAAUAAGUUGGAGUUUUAAAAAUGCAAAUUUGCUUAGUAUCUAAUAGUGAAGUGUUAUUACAUGUAACCAGAAUUGAGGAUCUCUUUGAUCCUGGAAAUGGUUUAACUAAAAGCUACAGAACCAGGCCAAUGUAUUUUGAAACAUUGAUGAAGACAAAUGAAAUAAUAAAGAGAUUUUCAUGGUUUAUAAAAGUCAUUUUUUUGAUAUGAUAAUAAUCAUGGAUCACAACUGAGAUCAAAGAAAACUAUAUGACAGAUUAUUUUGUUUAAAAAUUCAGUUUUAAUUAUCUUAGUCUAUAGAAAUGAUCAUUGCAUGGAGGCAUAUAUAGGUAUGAUCUACAUAAAAUCUGACAUAAAAACAGUGUUAUUUUGAGUGAAAAAUUUUUUGAUGUGCUUAUAUAACCAUGAUGAUUAAAAUGAGUUUAUAUUUUUUUCUCAAAAAUUCUAGCAGUAUGUAAAGUAAGUAAUAUUUUACUGAACUCUGACCACUUAAAAAAAAAACUCUAAAAAUUGAACUGCCUAUAGUAGUCUAUGUUUAAAGUGCAUUUUUAAAGACAAAGCUUUCUAAAUAAACUCAAUAUAAAAACAUUUGUUUGGAAUGUACAUACUGGAAAAUACAGGUUUUUUUGACCAAAAGUUUUUAUAUAUUUUCUUUUUUUUUAAUUUAUUUUUUCCUGAGUGCCAACAAUUUUCUAGGUAUUAUAUAUAACACAAGCUUUGGUCCUGGGGACUUUUCCCAUAUAUAUUACACUGGAGUGAAUGAAGUUGUGCUUCAUUUCUAGAGAAAAGUGAUACCCAGGUCCCCAAUUGAGAAUGUCUUGCUUGAUUGAAAACUACAUCAUCCCUUGGUAUACUCCAGGGAUUGGUUCCAGGACCCCUGCAUUUACCAAAAUUUAUACACACUCAAGUCCUGUAGUCACCCCUGCCCAAAGGUAGAAUGGCUUCUCUGUUUUUCUUCUGAAAUACAACCAGAAACAAUGUGUCUAUUUCUGAAAGAAUAUGAUUAAUGAUCAUACAAAUUGGUUGAUCCUGAAUUCUGGUUGUAAAUCUGGUUACAGCAUAACUAGGAUUAUAAUGCUGUCUCAUUUUCACAGCACUACCUGCUUAUAUUGACAACAAAUCAUCUUUCUAAAGAGUGAGUGGAGGCCGGGCGCGGUGGCUCACGCCUGUAAUCCCAGCACUUUGGGAGGCCGAGGCGGGUGGAUCACGAGGUCAGGAGAUCGAGACCAUCCUGGUUAACACGGCAAAACCCCGUCUCUACUA